UUUUGCGAUUUGCUCGGUUUGGCGUUCCGUUGGACUGGCUUUGUUCCAAGUGGUGAGUUGCCUGGCUGCUGAGGGAUUGGUUUGGAUUGCGCCCUUGCAGACUGCAGAACGUGGGUUUGUGGAUUUGGGACGACGGUGCGGUGAGUUGAACACCUGUCCGGGUGCUUGAACAUAUCCCGAUCGUCUUCUCCGGUAUCUGCGCGUUAGCAAGAGGGUUCUCUGCUUCACUCCCGAGCACCACCGGCUGGUUUCUUGAAUUGCACUCGCUGUCGAAAAUGGUAUCCCCAAUGUACACCCUCUACGUGGGCACCUUCAUCCAACUCCCCCGCACCUCCUCCCCGGACGACAGACAUGAGCUCGCCAUCACCCGCGGCGCCCUCUGGGUGUCCGCCGCCGACGGCAAGAUCAAGGGCUUCGACUGGAGCGUCGCCUCCGAGUCCGACCUGCAGACCCUGCUCAAGCGGCACGGGUGGGUGCUCGCCGGCGCAGGCAGUCGCAGCUGCGUGCGCGUGGAACUUGUGCGCGCUCGCGAAGAGCAGAACGAGUUCUUCUUCCCGGGCUUUAUCGACACCCACAUCCACGCCCCGCAGUACCCCAACACGGGGCUCUUCGGCAGCGCGACCCUCCUCGACUGGCUGCAGACCUACACGUUCCCGAUGGAAGCCUCCUUCGCCAGCCCGGCCGCGCUGCCGGGGCUGCCCCCGCCCACGGCCUACCGCGCCUACUCGCAGGUCAUCGCGCGGACGCUGAGCCACGGCACGACGACCGCCGCCUACUACGCGACGAUCCACGUACCCGCGACGAACCUCCUGGCCAGCCUCGCGCACCAGCGCGGCCAGCGCGCGCUGAUCGGCCGCGUCUGCAUGGACAACCUGUCGACGUGCCCGAGCACGCUGAUCGACGAGUCCCCCGAGGCCAGCCUCCGCGACACCGAGGCGGUCAUCGCGCACAUCCACUCCCUCGCCCCCUCCACCAAAGAAUCCCUCGUCAAACCCAUCCUCACCCCGCGCUUCGCCCCCUCCUGCACCCCGCCCUCUCUCGCGGGGCUCGCCGCCCUCGCCAGGCAACACACCCCCCCGCUGCACAUCCAGACGCACAUCGCCGAGAACGUCAACGAGAUUGCCCUCGUCCGCCAGCAAUUCCCGGCCUGCGCGCAUUACGCUGCCGUGUACGAUGCGGCGGGCUUGCUCACGCCCCGCACCAUCCUGGCGCACGCCGUGCACUUCUCCCCGGCGGAGCGGUCGCUCGUCGCCGCCCGCGGCGCCAAGGUCAGCCACUGUCCCGCGAGCAACUCGGCGCUGGGGUCGGGGAUCUGUCCGGUCCGGUGGCUGCGGAGGGGCGGGGUGGUCGUGGGGCUGGGCAGCGAUGUGAGCGGCGGGUAUAGUGUGGGGCUGCUGGAGGGCGUGCGGCAGGCCUGUUUGGUGUCGCGGUUGCUGCCGUUCCUGAAGUACCCCGAGGGAGAGGAAGACGGAAAGGGCGAGGACGGGGUCGUCUCCGUCGAGGAGGCGCUGUACCUCGCCACGCGCGGCGGCGCCGCCGUCGUCGAUCUGCCCGAUCUGAUCGGCGGGUUCGAGCUGGGCAUGGCCUGGGAUGCGCAGUUGAUUCGGCUGGGGCGGUUCCAGCCGGCAGGGCUGUGGGGGCCGCACGGGGUCGGCAGUAAUGUCGAUGUGUUUGGCGAGGAGAGCUGGGUCGAGAAGGUGCAUAAGUGGGUGUGGAGCGGGGAUGAUCGCAACGUCAGGGCGGUGUGGGUGCAGGGCCGGUUGGUGCAUGGGAGUGUUGGUGAUGGUCGUGAGGAGGGGCGGUGGAGUGCGUGGAAGUGGGUUUGGGGGCUGGUCGGGGUCGGCGCUGCUUGGGUGGUUGUGAGGAGAGUGAAUGGGUGA